AUGAAUAUACCGGAGAGGGACUUCCAACGGAAGCGAAGGUUACGGCCGCCAUUUCAAAACUACCUUAGCACCAACUCAGAGCGUCUGAAGCGCAGCGAAGUCUAUACCGCCAUCCAAAGCUACCUUAGCGCCAACUCUUCUAUGCGCGCCAAGCGGUUAAAGGCUGAUGUUGUUAAAGAUAACCAAUCUGUUGUUCUUACUAUGGAUGAUCAUGAAGAAAUUACUGAUGACUUCAAUGGAAUCAAAAUCUGGUGGUCUUCAAGGAAAAAUACCCCCAGAACACAGUCUUUUUCCCUCUAUCCUGACAGGGAUGAGAGAAGAUAUUUUAAUCUCACUGUCCAUGGGCGUCAUAGAAAAACCAUUAUGACGUCUUACAUAGAUCAUGUUAUUAAAGAAGGGAAAGCGAUUUCUGUUAAGAAUAGGCAGAGAAAGCUUUAUACUAAUAAUCCAAGUGAUAAUUGGUAUGGAUGGAAAGCUACCAAAUGGAGUCAUGCGGUGUCUAAGCAUCCUGCGAGUUUUGAUACUUUGGCAAUGGCGACAAAGAUGAAAGAACAGAUCAAGAACGAUUUGAUCAAGUUUACUAAAGGGAAAGAUUAUUACGCCAAGAUUGGGAAAGCUUGGAAAAGAGGUUAUUUGCUUUUUGGUCCACCAGGAACUGGGAAGACGACGAUGGUUGCUGCUAUGGCUAAUUUCUUGAAUUAUGAUGUUUAUGAUCUUGAAUUAACUACAGUUAAGGAUAACAGUGAGCUUAGAAGGUUAUUGAUUGAGACAACCAGUAAGUCCAUUAUUGUGAUUGAGGAUAUCGAUUGUUCUCUUGAUCUUACUGGUCAAAGAAAGCCAAAGAAGGAGAAAGAUGAUGAUGAAAAAGACGAGAAUAAAGAUCCGGUUUCUAAAAAGAAAAAGGAAUUAGAAGAAGAAGCAAGUAAAAGUAGCAAGGUGACUCUAUCUGGGCUUUUGAAUUUCAUUGAUGGGAUUUGGUCUGCUUGUGGUGGAGAAAGAAUUAUAGUGUUUACUACUAUAGUGUUUACUACUAACUAUGUGGAGAAACUUGAUCCAGCUUUAAUUAGAAGGGGAAGAAUGGAUAGGCAUAUAGAAAUGUCUUACUGUUGUUUUGAAGCCUUUAAGGUUUUAGCUAAGAAUUAUUUGGACAUUGAUUCUCAUGAACUGUUUGUGAAAAUUGAGAAAUUGCUGGAGGAAGUUAAAAUGACACCAGCUGAUGUUGCAGAGAAUUUGAUGCCAAAAUCAGUAGAUGAAGAUGAAGAGACUUGUCUGAAGAAUUUGAUUGCUGCUCUUGAGGAGGAAAAAUUGAAAGCAGAGCAAGAAGAGAAAGAGAAAGAGAGAGAAGAAAUUAAUGCAUAAUACGAGUUGAAUGAGAAGAAAUUUGUGUUAUAUUGUUGUAUGUUGUAUGAUUUAAAUUAUACGACACCCUUUUUAUAUAUAUUUAUUAAUGCAUAAUUAUGAUUUACAUUUUGCAUUAUAAAA